AUUUUAUUAAUUGCAAGCCAAGUCGCAUGAGACAUGAGAAAUGGCAGCCGAAUACUUCAGCAUCGGAAGUUCUGUUGCUGUCACAACAUGCCACAACAUAGAAUAUAAAGGAGAAGUUCUUGCAUUUGACUGGACGUCCAAGGUCCUUGCCAUCAAAGCUGACCCUACAAAUGGAGCUAGAGGUCAAAGUGAUGUUAAGCUCAUCAACCUGGCCUUGGUCAGCGAUGUUAAAGUCCUGAAAGAAGCAGAUGAUCAGCCACAAGCGCUCACGAACCUAAACCUACCCAGGAUAAAGAACCGAUUGAGAGAUAGUUUAGAUGAGAGGAGACAAGUUAACUAUGUGGGAGUAGGUGUGCCACCAGAAGGACAGAAGAUCUUCUUUGCAAUAACAAAAAGCUGUGCUGGUUGGGAUGGAAGUAACAUCAUCGUCAUGGGCCAGAAAGUGGUCAUCAAGCCUCCAUACAGAUUAGAAGACUGCAGUGCACGCAAGUCUGAGUCAUCACAAGCACUCCAACAUGUUAGAAAAAUAGUAACUAAAUUUCUGCAGGAGGAUGGCAGUCAGGCAGAGAGGAAAUCCAUGUCGCCAUCACCUGCCCCCUCAUCAUCCUCAUCAACAUAGUCAUCAUCAUCAUCGUUGUCAUGGAUACCAUAACAUUGUGAGAGUGAAGAAACAAAUAUCACUUUACUCAUGUGAUGUUUUCUGAGGCAGUGGACAAUACUUCCAGUUAGUUGAUAGUUUUACUGCACAUACAAGCUCCUCACAGCAAUAGCCAUUCAUGGAGUCUUGAUCAUCGUUGCCACCAGUCCUGAAAGUGGAAGAGUUUGCAGCUCAUUAUGAUGAGACCAGUAUGUUUCCAAUGAUGAUAAUCAUGAACUGAAAACCCUCUCCCACCUUCCUUUCCUUCUAUGUGUGAAGCCCAUUUCUGGUUGUCCCCGCUUCAUUGAUGUUGCUGGAAUAUUGCUAAAACGGCGGCGUAAAACCAAGCUCAGUCAGUCAGUCCUUUCCCUUCUACAGGCCGUGGGGUAGCCUUGUGGUUAAAGCGUUAAACUGUCGCGUAAAGACCUGGGUUAUAUUCCCCUCAAUGGUACAAUGUGUGACCCAUUUCUGGCGUCCCCAUGCGUGAUGAUUUGCUGGAAUAUUGCUAAAAGCAGCAUAAAGCAUGCUCAUUCCUUUGCCUUCUCUAUUUUGUUUUGUUUGGUCAAUUUAAAUUUCUAUUCACUUCCAUUGUAAUUGCCCUAAGUAUGAGUGUUGGUGGGAAGUUUGGUGUUUUUGUUUAGUCAACAAUAUCUUGAGACCAAACAAAAUAACCUGAAUUUUCCUCUGAAGUAGUAAGUCAGUGUAACCAUUUUAAAAUCACCAUAAUGAUGAAAAAUGUCUUUCCCUUGGAAGGCACACAAAAUGUACCUAUCACCUGGUUUUGUGUGUGAGGAAAACGACAAAAUGUUUGGACGGUUGGCAUGAAGUUCACAGUCAUAACAUGUUUGUUCAAGCUUCUUAUGAAAUGGGCCUUCCACACUGGUGGCAAUGGUGAUACAAGAUAUUUCACAACAUUGUCAGAUGCUUGGAUGGAGUAAUGCAUUUAAGAUCAACGAGAUAAUCUGUUUGACCUUCCUUGUUGAAGACUUCGAUGAGUCAGGCCAAAAAAAUAUGUUAUGGUUCGAUUUCCACACAUUUCAGAACUAGGGUAGGUAGGUAGGUUUUUGGGUUUUGCAAAAUAUUUGUACAUUACUACCUCAGGUGAGUCAUGUGUCAGAAAAUAAUUUAUUAUGUGGUGAGUAAAUUUGUUAGGCCCGGUGGGAAUAUUUAGGGUCUAGGUCAAAAUCGGAACCACAAGGUGUUUUGGAGGCCUCACGUCAUGUUAAUUUCCGUCUUGGUCCACCAACAUCCCUCUGAAAGUUGAAGCAGACUCUUUUAAGUUCCUGAUCUUGCAGAGAGCCGGAAAGACUGCCAGUCUCCGAUUAUUCAGUUUAAUAUUUAUUUUUAGACAAUUGUGGAAGUAUCCUUGUUGCAAGACUUUAUAUAUUCAGUAUUGAGUUCUCAUGGCACAGUAAUGCAACUUUCUUUCUAACCAAGGAAACCAAGGACUGGUAAAAGUGAAUUCAAAGACAACUGUUUUACUGUUACAGGUCAUAUUAAGUGUUUGUCGAUAUUGCAAAAGAGCAUUGCAACAUGGUAUUAAUUUAGUGGAAUUACAAUAUUUCUCAAUCCAUUUAGUUGUAAGAAGGGACAGUGGGGUAGCCUAGUGGUUAAAGCGUUUCUCGCUUGUCACAGCUGAAGACCCUGGUUCAAUUCCCCACCUGGGUACAAUAUGUGAAGCCCAUUUCUGGUGUUCGGCCAUUGAUAUUGCUGGAAUAAUACUAAAAAAGCUGGCAUAAAACUAAACUCACUCACUAGUUAUGUAAAGCAUUAUGGUGAUAUGCUGAUGUGAAUCUUCCAUUGAGUAUUAUUCUGAAAUAAACUAAACAGAAGAAACACUUUUAAUAAUUUAACUAAGCCCUGUAUUUGUUAUUAUUUAUUCCCCACUGAUACAAAUUUCAUUGCAGUUACCAUUUAAACAUCAGACUCUUAUCAGUUAGAGAGAUGAUGCACAAUUGAUGUGUCUCUGCUUAGGAUCUUAAUGAAACAAGAUAUUGAGCAUCGACUCA